UGUUUUUGAAAAAGGAAUUAGGUUUCGCAUGGUGAAAGCGGAGAGGCAGAACCGGAUCCCCAAAUGCAGUUUGCCGCCCUCCAUUGGAAAGGGAGGAUGGCCCGGCGCCAAAAGCACAGGGCGACUCGGGAAGCAGCGCCCUUGCCUGCAGGAGGCAAACUUCUCAGCGGCCUCCCCUCCGCGAUCAGAGAGGAAAGCGGAGGCAGCGUCGACGUCCGGGGGGGACUCGACACCGGCUGUUUCCCGCGACAAGGUCGCAAUGGCUGACGGAGGAAAACGGCAGAGGCAGGACGAGGUUCGCCGCGGCAGUCGCUAUUUUUGCACGGCGGGACGCGGGAUGGAGGCCUUCCUCAUCGAAGAAGUGCAGACUCGUUUGGGCGCCACUCAGGUAGAAUAUGUAUCUGGAAAAGUUUUCUUCAGUACCAAUCUUGAGCUAAGUAUGUUGAAGAAACUAAAGUCAGCUGAAAGAUUAUUUUUGCUGCUAAAGAAAUGUCCUCCACUUUCCUUCCGUGGAAAUAAAGGAAGAAUAAUCCAGGAUGUUCAAAAACUUGUAAAUGAGAAUCCCAGAUGUUGGCUGCAUACAACUGCGGUCUGGAGAAGUCUUUAUGAUCAGUCGACAAAGCAACUAAACUUGUGCCAAGAAUACCCCGAUUCCAAAAAACAGAAAUUGGAAGAAGAAAACCAUAUUGAAAAUGAAAAGCAAAAAAUGCAAAUAAUAUUAGAGACAGAUACUAUUAAAAAUCCAAUUGAAGAUCAGCAAAAAUGUGAUACACACGAUGUUUGUAAAAACAUUUUAUUGCCUCAAGACAGACUUUUUCUAGAAAACACUCCUGAACUUAUUCAAGACAAAACCAUUAUUUGCAAUAGUUAUUUUAGUUUCAGAGUAUCAUGUCGCUGUAGUGGAAUACUUGCAAAAUUAUUUACUGCACAGGAACUGGGAAAAAUUAUUGGAAUAGCUCUUAUGAAAAAUUUUGGAUGGAAAGCAGAUCUUAGAAAUCCUGAUUUAGAGAUCUUUGUGCAUCUAAAUGAUAUUUAUUCUGUGAUUGGUAUCCCUCUUUUCAGACUUCCCUUGGCAAGUCGAGCAUAUAUUAAAACUGCUGGAUUGCGAUCUACCAUUGCUUGGGCUAUGACAUCGGUUGCUGAAAUCAAGGCUGGAGCAUUUGUAUUGGAUCCUAUGUGUGGUCUAGGUACAAUACUUCUGGAAGCUGCAACUGAAUGGCCUAACGUGUAUUAUUUCGGAUCGGAUAUAAGCGAUUCACAGUUACAAGGAGCCUACUCAAAUAUUAGAGAUGCAAGCCUGAUAGAUAAAAUUGAACUAUUUAAAUCUUCUGUGACAAGAUUACCUUUUCUGUCAGAGAGCAUUGAUGUCAUUUUGACAGACAUUCCAUUUGGAAAAAAGUUCAAAAUAACAGAAGACAUGAAGUUUCUUCCAAGAGUUUUUCAAGAACUUGAAAGGGUGCUUUGUUUUGGAGGGACUGUUGUACUGUUACUUAAUCAAGAACUUUAUAAAUGUAUUUCUAAUGAUAUUGCCCAUGGCUCUCGGACUGAGAGAUCCAUCUUGGCAGAAUCUUCUACUGAUUGCAGACAAAGUAAUUUGAUAUCAGUUGAACAAGAUAUCAAACAAGAAAGUAUUAGUUGUGGUACUGUUUCCCCCUCAUCUCAAGAUACAAGGGAAGAACACCUCAGUUACAAAAAGGCAGAUCUUGGUUCUCUGGUGUUCAUAGAAUCCUUUGAAGUUAGUCUUGGCAAAACAAAUGCAUUCAUAUGCAAGUACAAGAAGAUAACUUGAAGGAUCUAGAAGGUAACAACUGCAAGUAUGUAUAAAACAUGUUGAUGGACUUGACAAUGAGAACUGCAUAGUAAUCACUGCAAAAGAUCCUAAGGAUUAUUUUAGGAUCUGUAACUGAAAACACUGGGCUAAAUUUGACACUGAGACAUGGUUGCUAGUCCUGCUGGAAAUAGACAUUAAUAGUGAGAUAGCUUUAAGGGAUGUUAUUUCUCAAGCAGUCCUCAAGAUAACCAACAUGAUGCCUCUCUCUGAAGUGGUUGAUAACAGUCUUGCAUCAAUUCUUGGCGCUUAACACAUCAUCAUUUUGCAAUAUUAGGCAAGGAUUAUGCUUGGUGUGUCGUAGUGCGUUGUACUCUAUUGUAUUAUAUUCUGCCUUCAUGAAAAUAAUUGUGCAGGAUCUAACUGAUAUUUGGGAAGAUAUUCAGAAGAAACUUCUGAAAUAGGUUUCCUGGUUGCUAGUCCAUUACUGAGCAUUAUUCAGAUCAUUGGCAAUUGCUUUUCAUAAUCUUGUGUUAUGAAUUUGAGAGAUGAAGAUUCCCAAUUAAUAGACGUCCUUUUUAUAUUAUCUGUUAUUAGAUUGCACUAUAAGCAGAUUUGUGCCUGAAAAUCAUAAUGAAAACUGCUUCAGAAAUCAGUGCUUUGUAGCAAGAAAAUCCAAACUGUAUUUUUAGUAUUUUUCCUAGAAUUGUAUCGGAAGUCUCUGAAAAUGCAAAACUUCAAAAAAAUCACCAGAAUCCAAGAAGACUAAUUUUGCAACCAUGCAUUUCUGCACAUUGAGAACAUUUUGGGUGACAGGUUUAUUUUUACACAACUUCAUUAUUUAACUAGCAAUAAAAGGUACAUUUAUUUGUAUUCAGAAGGAAGAUAUGCUUGAUCGAUUAGAAAUUAUAUAAGUGCCUAUCAGCUGUUUUAGCCAUUCUGAUUCAGAUGCAAUAACUUUGUUAGGCUUCCAAUACUACAUAUUAAUUUACCAAUGAAAAGUAUAACCAUUUUGACUAUGUAAAUUGGUUCAAAAUCAGGAAACUUUUUAACUAAACAUUUGCAUUUCUUAAUUCAACGCGUGUGUAAGAAUGGUAAUGUAGAAAAUUGAUUAUGUUAUUCCUCCUGUUCAUUUAUAAAUUCUAAGAAUCUAAAGGAAAUACUCCAAUUGUU